AUGGAGUCUCCCAGCAGCGUGCGACCUGCUGCGCGCAUCUCCACCACAACACAAUGCCCCAGUCUUCCAGCCGAGUUAUGGAAAAUCAUCUUCUCUGUUGGAUACUACCACGAAGAGGACGGCAGCUUCUGGAGCCACUAUAAACCCCCUGACUUGGCUAGUAUCUGCCGUUCCUGCACCCUGUUCUGUGGUCUUGCCCGCCCCAUGCUCUACCACGAGUUCGACUCUCAUGUCUUGACCUGCAUUAACUACGAUGACAACAAUGAGUUCAAUCGAUUCAGCAUUGUCAAGUUCGCGUGGACGAUUUCUACGAAUCCUCUCUUGGCAUCUAUGGUCCGCCGAGUGAACAUCGAGGGAGUGUGUGAUGUGUGGGACAUGGGCAUGGCCUCAGGAUCGCCUGUUCCUUCAAAAGACCAUCCUAAUCAUCCUAUGGCCUCAAUCUUGGCCGAUAGGGCCGCUGAGCUGAGCGUUGAUUUUAGCUACUACGAAGUGUACACAAAUGUACACAGCCCGCAGAAUGUGGGAUUUGACCUCGUCGCACUCAUAUUGGUCCAACUCCCGAUGUUGGACACGCUCAGCCUCAAAUGGUCUGGAAGACCCCCGGUGACCCGAAUGCCAGAUCCUCGUGGCGCGUGGCCUUGGAAACAGUCUAUUCGAAACAUGCACUUGACCUAUUCGAGAACGAGUGACCCCACGAAAUUUCGCAUCAUUGGACGUGAGAGGCGUAUACCUGGCUACUGCUUAGAUCCGGUCAUACCACUCUUCAUCAGUGGAACAACUCUCACGCGCUUGACGCUGGAAUGCAGUGCUGGCCCAAGUUUCGUCCCGCCGCUAGACAACUUGCGAGAAGUGAUCAUCAUAGACUGCGACUUCCGCCCGGGACAGUUUCUGAAUCUCCUGGAUACUUGCAAAAGCCUCGUCAAAUUCGCCGGCAGAAGAUUUAAGCUGUCCUGGGGUUCGGAGGUCAUGGAGGCUCUCGAGCCAGCCAGCAGCAGCCUGGAAGUCCUUGGUCUUCGCUUUUCGGGUAUCGACUUUUUCCGCGGUCAAGGUCCAAGGAUUCCAUCCUUUAGACAGUUCACGGCACUCAAAACUUUUUCCCUUGAUAUGAACUGCGUCUGGGACUGGCAGGUGGUGUUGAACGGGGAUACAUCGCCGAACCCAGAUACGUUGUUGACGACUUUGCUGCCAGAAUCCAUCGAAGAGGUUGCUCUUCUCAAUGAGGGUCUUGAUAAUCGUUUCAGAUUCCAGUUCGAGGCUCACGUCAAGAGAUUGGGAUUGGAAAUAACGUUGAACGGGCGAUUUCAGCACUUGAGAAGGUUACACGGGGUGGAAUUUACGCCAAUCGAUUUCAACCUGCAAAGAGACAUCAACGAUGCGCUGUUUGAGGGUGACCGGGACGGAGCACGAGAGAUCCAGAAUCACGCUGCGCGCCGCUUCGCCACAUUGAAUGAAGCAAGAAACCUCAUGAUCGAUGCAGGAGUGGAAUUCUGCAUUGACUGCCCCAAAGAGCUGGAAUGCGACUGCGAAAAUGACCCCCUCAUUCUGGGUCACGGUAUUUGA